CGUAGAAGCUGUUGCUUAAGGUAACUUGCUUGAUUUCUAACUUCACUUCUUUCAAUUCAAGUUGUCUUUGAAUUUCCAACAAGACAAUCAACUUCCAUUUCCAAGGAUCAUUUUUGCAAUCCACAAUGAAUACUCUCAGGUCCCUGAGGCCGAUUGCCUCUAGAUUCUCGAAGCAAUCUACCCUCCCCGCUAUCACCAGAAGCUUCUCCGCAUCGCCAGCUAAAUCAUACGAAUUCAUCGAGACUGCCGAACCACGACCAGGAGUCGGGCAAAUAACGCUCAACCGCCCCAAGGCCCUCAACGCGCUCUCCACCCCCCUCAUCACCGAACUGAAUCAAGCUCUGGCCGCAUAUGAUGCCGCCCCCGAAAUCCGAGCCAUCGUCCUCACCGGCUCGCAAAAGGCCUUUGCAGCAGGCGCAGACAUCAAGGAAAUGGCCCCUUUGACCUUCAGCAAAGCCUACACAACCUCCUUCAUCGAAUCAUGGUCCGCCUUCACCACCUCCGUCAAGAAGCCCAUCAUCGCCGCCGUAUCAGGCCAUGCCUUAGGCGGCGGUUGCGAGCUCGCCCUGAUGUGCGAUAUUCUAUACUGCACCGAGAACGCAAAUUUCGGCCAGCCGGAAAUCAAAUUGGGCACAAUUCCAGGUGCCGGUGGGAGCCAGAGAUUGACGAGAGCUAUUGGGAAGUCCCGGGCAAUGGAGUUGAUUUUGACGGGGAAGAAUUUCAGUGGAAAGGAGGCAGUAGAGUGGGGUGUUGCUGCGAGGGCUUUUGGUAGUUGGGAGGAGUUGAUUGAGGGUAGUUUGAAAACUGCUGAGGCUAUUGCAGCGCACAGUAAGGUAGCUGUCAUGGCGGCGAAGGAGGUCGUAAACAAGAGUCAGGAUUUGCCGCUUAGGGAUGGAGUAGAAUAUGAGAGGAGAGUCUUCCAUAGCUUGUUUGGAAGUGAGGAUCAGAAGAUAGGCAUGAAGGCAUUUGCGGAGAAGAAAAAGGCAGAAUGGACCGAUAAAUGA